UUUCUCUUUCUCUCUCUAAACUUGUUGGUUGUUUUCAUAAAAAACCUCUCUUUUGUCCAUGCUAUUUCGUCGAAUCUCUCAAUUCCAAGCCUCGAACGGAUCAUCCACGACUUGUUUGUCCAAAUCCAACAAAACCCACGUCGAUUUUUCGCAAAGAGGGGAAUAUGAACUCAAAUCUCGUUCUUUCUUGUGUAUGGAUUACAUGCAUCUUAUUGGUACGUUCGUGAAACUGUUCCGACGGGUUGCGAGGUUUGGGAGAUGACGAGUCAGGUGGUGAAGGUUCGGAAGGCCACUCUUGCUUCGUGCAUGACAUGCCCUCUCUGUCACAAGCUAUUGAGGGACGCUACCACCAUAUCGGAAUGCCUUCAUACGUUUUGCAGGAAGUGCAUAUUUGAGAAACUUACAGAUGAGGAAGUAGAUUGCUGUCCGAUUUGCAAAAUAGAUCUGGGUUGUGUUCCGGUGGAGAAGCUCAGGCCGGACCAUAAUUUGAAUGAUGUAAGGUCAAAGAUUUUCCCUUUCAAAAGGAGAAAGGUUAAGGCACCUGAAGUUGUACCUUCAUUGCCAGUUAGAAGAAAGGAGAGAUCACUCUCAUCACUGGUUGUCAGCACUCCCAGAGUGUCCACACAGACUGGCUUGACUGGAAGAAGAACAAAAGCUGUUGCAAGAAAGUCUACCGCUUUACGAGGAUCCAGUUUUACUAUUGAGGAUCCAGUUAAAAAAGAGGAGGAUGCUGAGGAAGAUCAGCCAGGGAGCUCAAGCUCUCCUGAGACCCUAAACAAGAUUGUUCAAACUAGAAGGCAGAAUUCUUCUAUUGCCGAGUGUUCUAACCACCACCUGCCCAAUAAAGAGGUGGAGAAUGGUACUGAGCCAUGGGCUGGAAAAGUUGACUGGAAACCCUUAAACUGCCUGGUUGAAGCUGCAAAUAGAACGAAGUCUUUUAAGUCACAAAAUUCUGUUGCCAAAUCAGAACUGCCGUCUGCCUCUGACAGUGAAGUGCAUGUUCCCAAAAGCAAGGUUAAGGAACAGGCAAACAAAUCAAAAGUCCAGGACACCAAAACUAGCACUGUUGCACCUCCAGGAUCUGGGAAACCUAGAAAGCUCCAUGGGAUUAGCCGAAAAAGAGCAUCUGCUUCGAGGGAGCUGGGCAUGUCUGCGCAAACUGUGCUUGAUGCUCGGGGUGUUAAACGUGACAGAAGAGCUAGUCCAAUCUGGUUCUCCUUAAUGGCUUCUGAAGACCAGGAAGGAGAUGCACCAUUGCCACAGAUACCUUCUUGUUACCUGAGGAUUAAGGAUGGUAAUGUACCUGUUUCGUUUAUCCAUAAGUACCUCAUGAAGAAACUUGAUCUUAAAAGUGAAACUGAGAUUGAGAUCACCUGUCGGGGGAAGCCAGUCAUGCCCACAUUGCAGCUGCACAACGUAGUGGAUUUGUGGCUACAGAUGGGAUCAACAUCAAAAAGAGUGCCAGCGUCUGUGGGAACCUCAGCCAAGGACUUUGUGAUGGUGUUGAGGUAUGGCCGGAAAGUUCGGCUCCAUUAGGACAAGACAUGCUUCUGCUUUUCUUCACCUGCAUAUGUUCACUAAGCAGAAGCCUUACGAACUUUAUUGGUACCCUUUAUCCCUAUCUUUCGUUCAAGGAGCCUCCUUGCAAGAAUUUUGGUUGUCAUUUACUGCUCAUUUAUGCGAUUGUCACCUUCCAUCAGAUGUGUUUCAGCUCUUUGAUGCAAUACCAUGUUUACCUGUUUAUCUCCCCCCCCCCCCCCAAUUCACCUUUUCAAUCAGUUCUUUUCUUAUUUACUCUGUAACAAAAUGAGUUGUUAGCUUUGAAAUGGUAAGUUAAGGUUUCACUGAUGCGUUUGAAUAGGUUGAGGAUCAA